AUGGACAGCGCGAGGAGCUGUCUCGUGGACGACGUGAGCAGCGGCGCGUCCACGGGCAAGAAGGCCUCUCCGGCGCCAGCCGCGCCGGCGACCAUGCCGCUGCAGCGGGUCGGCAGCGGGGCCAGCGCGGUCAUGGACGCGCCGGAGCCCGGCGCCGAGGCGGACUCCGCCCGCGGCGGGCGGCUGCCGUCGUCCAAGUACAAGGGCGUGGUGCCGCAGCCCAACGGGCGCUGGGGCGCGCAGAUCUACGAACGCCACCAGCGCGUCUGGCUCGGCACGUUCACGGGGGAGGCCGAGGCUGCACGCGCCUACGACGCGGCAGCGCAGCGCUUCCGCGGCCGCGAUGCCGUCACCAACUUCCGCCCGCUCGCUGAGUCCGACCCCGGCGACGCCGCCGAGCUCCGCUUCCUCGCCGCCCGCUCCAAGGCCGAGGUCGUCGACAUGCUGCGCAAGCACAUCUACCCCGACGAGCUCGCACAGUACAAGCGCGCCUUCCUCGCCUCGGCGGCGUCCUCCCCUACGUCGUCUUCGUCAGCUCCCGCCUCGUCGGCUCCUUCAGCCGCGGCGCCCUCCGCGGCGGCGCGGCGCGAGCACCUGUUCGACAAGACGGUCACGCCCAGCGACGUGGGGAAGCUGAACCGGCUGGUGAUCCCGAAGCAGCACGCCGAGAAGCACUUCCCACUGCAGCUCCCUUCUGCCAGCGCCGUCGUGCCAGGCGAGUGCAAGGGCAUGCUGCUCAACUUCGACGACGCGGUCGGAAAGAUGUGGAGGUUCCGGUACUCGUACUGGAAUAGCAGCCAGAGCUACGUGCUCACCAAGGGGUGGAGCCGCUUCGUCAAGGAGAAGGGCCUGCACGCCGGCGAUGCGGUCGGGUUCUACCGCUCCGCCUCCGGCAACAACCAGCUCUUCGUCGACUGCAAGAUCCGGUCCAACUCCACGACGACGACGACGACGACCUUCCUUAACGCGGUGGCCGCCCCGUCGCCGGCACCGGUGACGAGGACCGUGAGACUGUUCGGCGUCGACCUUCUCGCGGCACCGGCGCCCGAGCACGAGGAGUACGGCAUGGCCAAGACAAACAAGAGAUCCAUGGACGCCAGCGUAGAGGCGCCCACUCCGGCGCACGCGGUCUGGAAGAAGCGGUGCGUAGACUUCGCGCUGACCUAUAGACUUGCCACCGCCCCAGAGUUCCCGAGGUCAAGAGAUCAACUAGAAGGAGUACAGGCAGCAGGGAGUACAUUUGCUCUAUAG